CAAAGCUCCGCUGGCCGUUUACCGUUUGUUAGCUGAAUGCCUCCUUGGCCAAAUCCAGAGCGGAAUGCAAAGCCAAGUCGAAAGCCAACCACCAGCACCAGCAGCAACAUCACGGCAGCAACACUACGGCAGCAACAGCACGACAGCAACUGCGACGACAAAACUCCUGGUGCACAUUAAGGCAGGCAACAGUUUAACGUGGAAAUUAUUGCGAAUUUGUUGUGUGUUUUUCUGCGACGCGUGCCAGGCGCAACUUCGCACUACUGCAUCCCGCGUGCAACAUUGCAACGUAGCCGUAGUUCUUUGUUGUUUGCAGUUCGUUUUUUUUUAAUAUUUUUUUUGGGCCGAACCAUGCUUCUCUGCUGACAGCAGCACCAUUUAGUCGUAGCCUUAAAUAUUAGCAACUAGCAAUUAGCAAUUAGCAAUGCCGCAGCGUUCACCAUUUGCCAUCCAGGAGCUGCUGGGCUUGGCGGUGGCAGCUGCCUCUGAAACGCCGACCGACCUGACGACGACGGCAACAACGGCAACUGUUGCCGGUGCAACAACACUGGCGAAAGAGCGCCAAUCGCCAGCACCGCCGAAGACAACAAAUGCCGCGAUGGCAGAAGCAACAGCCACUGCAGCAACGUCGUAUGUCAGCGGGGCAGCAGCAACAUCAGCAGCAGCAACAGCAACAGCAGCAACAGGAGCAACAACAGGAGCAACAACAACGGGCAAUGCGGCUGAGGGCAAUUUAGUGGGUGGCUUGGAGCCACAGAAACAGCUCAACCACCACCAGCAGCACCACCACUACAGGGAGCACCACCAAAUGACCAUGGCGGCCGCCUCGCGAAUGGCCUACUUCAAUGCCCAUGCGGCGGUGGCGGCGGCCUUUAUGCCCCACCAGCUGGCCGCGGCGGUGCACCACCAUCAUCAGCACCAGCACCAGCACCAGCACCACCCGCACCACCACCCACACGGGGCCGCGGGGGGGCCGCCACCGCCGCCGCCGAUACAGCACCACCACCCGCACCAUCCGCACCACCCGCUGCUGCACGCGCAGGGAUUUCCCCAGCUGAAGAGCUUCGCCGCGGCAGCCGGAACUUGUUUGCCUGGCUCCCUGGCGCCCAAGGACUUCGGCAUGGACGGGCUGAACGGCUUCGGCGUGGGUCCCAACAGCAAGAAGAAGAAAAAGAAGCGGCGGCACAGCCGCACCAUAUUCACCAGCUACCAGCUGGAGAAGCUGGAGGAGGCCUUCAAGGAAGCCCACUACCCCGACGUCUACGCCCGCGAAAUGCUGUCCCUGAAGACGGAGCUGCCCGAGGAUCGCAUACAGGUCUGGUUCCAGAACCGCCGGGCCAAGUGGCGCAAAACGGAGAAGGUCUGGGGCGGCAGCACGAUCAUGGCGGAGUACGGCUUGUAUGGGGCCAUGGUGCGGCACUCGCUUCCACUGCCGGACACGAUCCUCAAGUCGGCCAAGGACAACGACGCGGUGGCUCCCUGGCUACUAGGCAUGCACCGCAAAUCGAUCGAGGCGCAGUCCGCCCUGAAGGACGACUCGGUGAGCGACCACGAGGACUCGGCGGGCUCCAAGUCCGGCCACUCGGAGGAGCUCUCCCGCUCCCACUCGCGCUCCCUCUCGCUCUCCCUCUCCCGCUCCCGCGGCCGCGCUCUGAGCUCCUCCACCGAGUCGCUGAACGUGGUGAGUCCGGCGCCCAGCGCCACCUCCGCCUCCACGGCCCCGCCCACCUCGACGAGCGGCUACGCGGGGGCGGCCUCCUCGGCGGCGACCACGCCCACCGGCACCACCACCAACAGCUCGGGCAGUCCGCACAUCGAACUGGGUUCCCCCUCCCCGCAACAGUUGCAACAUCAGCUGCAACAUCAGCAGCAGCAGCAACACCAGCAGCAGCAACAUCAGCAGCAGCAACAUCAGCAGCAGCAGCAGCAGCAGCAACAGGUGCCGCUCUACAUGGGCGGGGGAGGCGGCGGAGUGGCGCCCAGCUACCACCCGCUGCUGGACGCCGCCAAUGCCGCCGGCGCAGGAGCAGCAGCCUCCAGCAAGGACUUCCACCUGAUCAUGAACACCGCCGUGGCAGCAGCAGCAGUUGCCGCCCAGCAGCAACACCAGCAGCAGCAGCAGCAGCAGCAACAGCAGCAGCAACAGUCGCAGGUGGCGAGUGCAACACCCGGGCUGCAUGCCCACCACUUGGCAGCGGCGCUCAUGGAGCACGAUCCCGACGCCUUCAGGAACAACUCGAUCGCCUGCCUGCGGGCGAAGGCGCAGGAGCACCAGGCGCGGCUGCUGAACAACGGAGGACUCUUCCGGCGAUUCGCCCAGGGACACGUGCAGGUGCAGGACUCCACUCUCUCCAGUGAUAUGCUCAAGCUCAGCGAGGAGCACAACAACAACCUGCCGCAGUCGCUGCCCCUGGGAUUCCCCUCCCAUCCGAGCUCCGAUCCGCAGGCCAGUGUCAAGAGGGAGCUGACGGCCAACGGGGCAUCGUUGAAAAGCUGCGACGAGGUCUAAGCCACUCCCCCUCCGCCUCCCCCUCCCCCUUACCAAUCCCCACACCACAAAGCAAGUGCUACGAAGCCAAGGAGCAGCGAAACCAAAACAAGAUAACCUUUUUUUUAAUAGACCUAAGGAGCCCCACUCGCGGAUUUAGCGUAGGAUCUGUAACCAAGUAUUUUAAACGGCGGCGCAAGCUGCUCUUAGCUGUAAGACACGAAUCGUAAUAUUUUUUCAAAAUCUC